GUAAAUUGCAUGGUGAAAAUAUCUUAAUAAAAUGAGUAACUUUAAGGUGUUCUUUAGUUUUUAUGCAUUUUUUAACCUCUUAAUGAUAUCUUCAUUCACCGGUUCAAGUUACUCAAUGUGUGAUAUUAAGGGAAUAUUCAACUUUGGGGAUUCAAAUUCAGAUACAGGUGGAUUUGAUUCAGCUUUUCCUGCACAGCCUGGUCCCUAUGGAAUGACUUAUUUCAAAAAGCCAGUUGGACGUUCAUCUGAUGGGAGGCUCAUUGUCGAUUUUUUAGCUGAGGCUCUUGGAUUGCCCUAUUUGAGUCCAUAUUUGCAAUCAAUUGGAUCAGAUUACACACAUGGUGCUAACUUUGCAACAUCAGCUUCCACUGUACUUUUACCAACUACUUCUUUCUUUGUAAGUGGACUUAGCCCUUUUGCCCUAACAAUACAACUAAGGCAAAUGGAACAAUUCAAAGCUAAGGUUCAUGAUUUUCAUAAAAGAGAUCCAUUGAAACCAUCUGGUUGUGAUUCAAGAAUCAACAUUCCUUCACCUGAUAUAUUUGGAAAAUCUAUUUACAUGUUCUAUAUUGGUCAAAAUGACUUCACUUCAAAAAUUGCAGCUACUGGUGGUAUUGGUGGAUUAAAGAACUCCCUUCCUGAAAUUGUCUUACAAAUUUCUUCUGCCAUUAAGGAGUUAUAUGCGCAAGGAGGACGUACGUUUAUGGUAUUAAAUCUUGGUCCCGUGGGAUGCUAUCCUGGAUAUUUGGUUGAGCUUCCUCAUAUUAAUUCCGACUUAGAUGAACAUGGAUGCAUGGUUUCUUACAACAAUGCUGUAGAUGAAUACAACAAAUUGUUGAAAGAGACAUUAACUCAAACUAGAGAAACUUUACCAGAUGCUUCUCUCAUUUAUGUGGAUACCAACUCAGCCCUAAUGGAACUCUUCCACCACCCUACAUCUUAUGGACUAAAGUACAGUACCAAAGCAUGUUGUGGUCAUGGAGGUGGAGAUUACAACUUUGAUCCUAAAGCUUUGUGUGGCAAUAUGCUUGCAAGUGCAUGUGAAGAUCCUCAAAGCUAUGUGAGUUGGGAUGGUAUCCAUUUCACAGAAGCUGCAAACAAGAUCAUUGCUAAGGCUAUUCUAAAUGGCUCUCUUUCUGAUCCUCCAUUUCCUCUUCAUAAAUUGUGUGAUCUUCAACCUAUUGAUUGAUCCAAUGCUUAUAAGGGUCUAUGUUUACCUUAUUUAACAAUAAUAAGUUUUAUAAAUUUCAA